UGUUCGAAGUGCUCCGACAAGUUUAUCGUUAACUCAAGGUUUAUUAAAUGUAAUCUAUGUGAAGUUAAAAAUCAUUUGAUGUGUGCUAGUAUUAAAGACGCGUGGCUAAAAAUAAUUACCGAAAACACAAAUCUUCACUGGAUCUGCGAUAAGUGCAACGGGAAGUGGUCAUCAACUGUUAGUGCUUGCAGUGAAAAUAACCUGCUAAUAAAGGAGAUUGAGUGCUUACAAAGAGAAAGAGAGCUGACUAAAAAGCUAUUAGAGGGAUUAGAAUACACAGUGUCUCUUCAAAAAGAUAUUAUUUAUUUGCAAGAAGAUCGAUUAAAACAUUCAAAUAAACAAGGUAAAGAAGGUGAAACCAGGCGGUACCACAAUCAAAACAUUACCCCGCGCCCACCGCUUUCCUCCGAGGUUGCCGGCGGCAGCGAUGCAGCCACGCAGUCAACAUCGAGUGUGGUAAGCAAUGGUGCCACAGUAAGAAAACCAACUUCUCCGAGGCCAGCAAAAAGCUUUGUGAGUGUUGCCAAAUCUACCGCCAUUGGUACCAACAAUACAACUUCAAAAUUGCCCAUGCCCAGCUCUAGCGUGACAUUAGACGUCAACAAUUGCAAUAUGAGGUUAGGCGAAACGUCAACAUUAUCAAAUUCCCGCCAAGAAUACAUUGUAAACAAUAACAAAGUAAUUUUUGAUAGAAAAGCCGUGGGAAAUGCUGUGAUCCAAGCACAGCAAAUCAAUUAUAUGGAGGAAAUUCGGCAACUUGGAAAGGACCAAUAUGAUAACGAUUGGACAGUGGUUGAUCAUAAACAAAAUCGCAACAGAAAUAGAAAAUUUGUAGUUGGCCGAGGAACGGGGGAUACAACUGCCAUAAAAACAAUACCAAAAUACGCGGCAUUGCAUGUUACCAGACUUGCCCCAAAUACUAAGCCAGAGGAUUUAAAAACCAUCUUAAUAGAUAAAUUUCCCGAGGUGGUUUGCGAACCAGUACAGUCAAAACACCCAGGUUAUCUCAAAGAGGAAAAAUGGGACGAUAUCCUAACUAUAAACGAUCCAAACAGGAAAUAUGAAAGUUUUUAUAAUACACUCUAUUACUACUUUGAUAAAUCAUUUCCUCUUUGUACUUCCAAAAAAAAGACAGAAGACAAAUCUUGGAUUAAUUCUAAUAUAAAAAACUAUGGUAAGUAUAUUAAAGAUCUAUAUGUACGGUCAAAAAUGACAAAUUGUGAAAGGCAUAAACAAUUAUUUAAAACUGAAAAGAAAAAUUAUCGCAAAUAUCUACAAAAUUAUAAAACCACAAUAAAUGAAAAUAAAAUUGCUAUUUCUGAUAAUAAAACAAAAGUUGCUUGGACCAUUUUUAAUCAAGAGUGAAAUAAAAACAUAAAAAACAAUAAAACAAUUAAAAUAUCUCAUAAUGGAAAUAUAACUGAAGAUCCACAAACAAUCGCGGAUUUGUUUAUAAAUCAAUUUGAUAUCCCAACUGUCUACCCUUCAAGUCAUAAACCUUUAAAAAACCCCAUAACUCAAACCAUAUUUUUAGAUCCUGUAGAUAGCUUGGAAAUUUUUCGUAUCAUAAUCAACUUGCCAAAUAAAUUUUCUGUAGGUCUAGAUGAAAUUCCAACUAUAAUUUUGAAACAUUCAGCCAAAUUCAUAGCUAAACCAAUAUCAAGCAUAGUAAACCUUUGUUUUCAAACAGGUACAUUUCCCUCUGCCCUUAAGGCUGCAAGAAUUGUGCCGGUACAUAAAAAGGGAGAUGCCCAGGUACUAGAGAAUUACAGACCUGUAUCUCUUCUGUCUUCCUUGUCCAAGGUUUUUGAAAGAGCUAUAUAUAGCCGAUUAAUGACCUUCUUAGAUCAGUAUAAUAUACUUUCUGAU